AUGAAACCGAUUGCCAUACAGGCUCCAACUUUACUGGAGGUAAAAGAACCGUUGCCCGCUCGACAUGGUAGCGGAGCCGGUGCUGUAAGACCUGCCCUUGAGCAGGCAGCCCGGCUAGGGAGAACCACAACGGCCCGAUCAGGGACCUCGACCACCAGGAGAGCAAAAGUGCCCUGGCUACCGAUCCUCCUGCUGCUGGGCACGAUCGCAGAAAGCUCUGGAGUAGUUCCGAGCUGGACCCAGGAGGUUGUCAACAUCGGUGGGCCUCAAUUCGAGUUUGGUGGUCGGUGGAAAGUGAGAAGGUUGGAGGUGCAGCCGGCGCAAGUCAGCUACGACCUGGACGACCUAGGUGGCCUUGAGAAGUAUAGGUACAAGGCGGACUAUACGGAGGUGAAGAGGAUCUAUUUGCAGAUCUUUGUGGAGGUCGUAAAACGGACCUUCAUCACGAUGGCCGAGCAGCUUCAGCAGAUCAGAGAGGUGCUGGAUGGCCUGACCCGCAACCAGGAGCAGAAUCAGUGGGCCCGGAAUGUCAAAGGGCCGGAAGUCUUCAAAGCUGACACCCGCGAGAGCGAGUUGAAGCAAUGGGAGGACUGGAAAUUUACUUUGGAGAACUGGGUCAAAGCGGUGGACCCAGAGAUGUACCUGGACAUGAAGCGGGUGAAGCUCUUCGGAGUGCUGGCUUCGUAUCUACGGGGCCGGGCACUCAAGCUCAUCAAGCACACGCCAGAAGAGAACGGCUACGAAGCGUGGAGGCUGCUGCUGAGAGACAUGCAGCCGAGCACAAGGCAGAGGGCAUUGGCUUUGAUGACCCAACUGUCGAGGAUCACCUUCGCCCCGAACAAGUCCAUCAUGGAACAGCUCCCGGCCUACGAAGCCCUGGUCAGGGAGUACGAGAGGGUCUCAUCUCAGGUGUACCCUGAGGACUUGAAGGUUGCAUCAAUCCUUUCCGCCUGCCCUGUUGGUGUGAGGACGCAACUGCAGAUGAUGGUGAGCGAGGAGACGACGUUUGAGUCGCUGAAGGGAAGGAUCGAACAAUACGAGGCGAUCACUACGAAAUGGAGCACAGAAAAUGUGCUCGGCUUGCCCAGUCAGACAAGCAUGGAGGGUCCAACCCCAAUGGAUGUGGACUACAUCGGCGGCUAUCAGAAGGGCAAGAAGGGCAAAGGUGGAAGGAGAUUGGACCAACUAUCCUGCUUCGCCGCUGGCAUCGGGUACUACCGGAGGUGGAUCUACGUCAGGAUGAUCAGGCUGGUCACGCCACCCGACAUGAAUGAGACGAGGAUGUUUGACCUCACUGCCGGAGAAGACGAGUUCCUGGGGAUGAUCCAGGAAAUUGAUGACGAGAGCUACUCGGUGCUGAUGGUAAAGGGCGAGAACGCUGGGCCAUACUACGAUGCCUACGAGCCCGUGGUGGAGGAGAUUGGAAAGGCCACGGUGGUGGCUAUGGACUUGCAGGACGAUAACUUCGAGACGGAAGACGAGACCUACCAGGUGAACAUGGUGAUGGACGAAGAGAUGGAUCAUGGAUGGUCCAAGGUGGUGAUGACGGUGGACUCCGGAGCGGACAUUUCAGUCUUACCGGAGGAGUUUGCUGGAGUUGGAGAAGAAGCCCAUGGUGGUGGAAGACAAAUCAUCAUGAAGGACGCUCAGGGCAACAUCAUCCAGCAGAGCGGAACGGGAAAGGUGAAUUUCGCCAUGAUGGGCAAGGACGGCAUCCCGGUGAACUUUGUGGAGAAGUUCAUCGUUGGAAAGGUGAAACACCCCAUCCUAUGCGCUGGACGUCUCCUUCGCAGUGGCUGGGAGAUGAGAAGAAGUGAGGAUGGGCUGAACCUCUGGCACAAGCAAGGGGUGGAGAUCCCAUUGGAGAUGAGGAAGAACAGCCUACAGGUCGUGGCUGAGAUCUGCUCGGUGGAGACUGAGGACAACCAGCACGAGGAGGAAUGGAACACGGUGGAGGUUUGUGCGCUCGAGGGCUUCCUGGGAGCGAGCUUCAAGGAGCUGGAGAAGACCCCCGGCUGGCACGUAUUGCCAAAUGGCCUGGCGGCCUACAGUGAUCCGGUGGCCACACAGCUGCUGGACCCGUCAGGCACCUUUGAGUGGAAGGCGAGGAUGACCUUCAUGAAGACCAAGGAUGGCAAGUGGAUGCAGGUCGAGAACGUGAGCGACUACACGGAGCUGGGGAACAUGGCGUUCAGGCGUUUUGGCCCCACAGAAGAUCCGCAAAGGACCAUCACCGUGGUGGCCCCGGCGAAGAUGAAGGACUACUUCGAGGUGGACUCAGAAGUCCCGGUGGCACCAUUCCCCACUACGUUCAGGGAGCUCCAAUCAGAUGAGCUGGGCUGGUCAGAUGAGGAAGUCGGAGUUGGAAAUGAGGAGCUGAUGCGAGAAGCGCCAGCAGAAGGUCAUGAGGAUGAGGCAGCAGCUGAGGAGCGCGCUGGACAGCGCAAGGAGGUGGAAAUGGAUGCAAUCAGGUACAGCCUCGACAACUCCCUGAAGGAACUGCGAGAAGGAUGUGAGAGGCAUGGCCUGCCUACCUCAGGGAGCAAGUCCAAGCUGCUCAUGAGGCGGGAAAACUUCAGGAUGGACCUCGAGGCCAAGAUGCAGACAGAGAUUGCGAAAAAGCUGUACCGCGAGAAGGAGCGGAAACCUGUGUCUUUGGGCAUUCCAAAGAGGCCAUCCCUGGAGCAGCAGAACGAACACAACCUCACGCACUACCCUUUCGCCGGUUGGUGCCAGGCCUGCCUCAGCACGCGAGCAAAGGAGGAAGUCCACAGGAGAGACGCCCGGAAGGACGUGGAGAGCAACAAAACGGUGAUCAGUUUCGACUUUGGCUACACCUACGUGGACGACUACGGCAACGAGAGAAGCCCAGAGGAGGUGAGAGAUGCGGACGAUCAGUAUGGCACUGUGUUGCAUAUCGCUGAUCAUCACACGAAGGCGGUUCACGCAGUGCCUGUGCUGAGCAAAGGAGCCCCCAACCUCAAGUUGAUGGUGGAGGAGCUGGUCAGAUUUGGCAUGCAGGUGGCUGGAGGAGACCCCGUGAUUUAUCAGAGCGACGGGGAGAGGUCAACAAAGCAGCUUCUUCGAGCUGUUCAGCAUUGCAGGGCCAACCUAGGCCUGGAAACCGAGAUCCGCAUCUCAGGAGUGCAGCAACAUGCCUCGAACGGGCAAGCAGAGAGGACAGUGCAGAGUGUGAGAAGGCUGGCAAAUUGCCUCAGGUACUACGCGGAGGAGCAGGCCCAGGUGACGAUUUUGGGCAACUCGCACGUCUACCCAUGGAGCUUUAGACAUGCUUCAUGGCUGAUCAACCGGUACCGCGUGCUGGAGAAGGAACGGAGGACGAGCUUCGAGGUGUGGUCAGGCGGUGCUGUGGAGUCAAGGACUGUGAAGCGGAUCCCGGAUCAGUUCAUCGGCACUGACCUGGUGAUUGUGAAGGGACUGCCCUGGAACUACUCCGCCUCCGGGGUGCUCAUGAAGAAGACAGGACCACGAAAGAGGAUCGCAUCAGCAGCUGAUGAGGCAGAAGAAGGCGAGAAGAUCGAGCUGGACAAGGCUGAGGAGCAGAUAGAGGAGAAGAAGGCAAAGGAGGCUUCUGCUGAGCGACAGGCGCGAGAAGCUGGGAUGGCCGUGGCUCUUGGGUUUGCAGAGAAGAGGAAAGCCGAGGAGCCCAAUGAGGAAGGUGAGGAUCUCAGUGAGGAGGAAUCACCGGCAAAGAAGAGAGGAGUUGAUGAGUUUAGCAUCAACGAGAUCACGGUGAUGCCCCAUGGAGAUAGCAAUGCCUGGGAUGAGAUCGAGAACAUAGGCGAGCUCGAUAUGAAUGAUUGGGGACCAGAAGACCCCGACGGUUUGGAGACGGUGGAUGAUGAGCUGCAGGUCAUGGAUUUCGACCAGGAGGAGAUUCAAAGGAUGGAUGUGAAAGCCGAGGAGGAAGAGAUAUCGAGGCUUAAGGCGAUGCCUGCCUUGAUUGAGCUGCAGCCACAUGAGGAGAAUGACUACAACGAUAUCACCACCAAGAUGGUCAUCACUUGGAAGAAGAGAGAGGAGAAAGGCGGUUGGUUCAGAAGAGCCAGAUUGGUCGCCAGGAUGCUAUUGCACCUGGCGGCCUGCUGCCCCGAUCACUACGGAGUCCAGGUCAUCGAUGUCAAGGAUGCUUUCUUGAUGGUGCCUCAGCCGGAGGAUGAGAGAGCAUCGGUGACCUACAGAGGAAAGAGAUAUAAGCUGGUGAGGUGCCUUCCGGGGCAGAGGACCGCAGCGAACAGGUGGUAUAUCCACUUCAGGGAUGCUGCACGUGAGUUCGGCAUGGAGGACGACGUGAUGCAGCCUACCCUGAUGAAGCUGAACAGGGAGCUCUACAUAAGCUUGCACGUGGACGACCUCCUGAUGGUCGGCACUGAGGAGAAAAGGAGGGAGUUCAUGGAGUUCCUGAAUGACAAGGACUGGAAAUGUGAAGUGCAAGGGCCAUUCGACAUUGGCGAGAGCUUCGAGUACCUCAAGAGGAAGAUUGACCGGACCAACAAGGGCUUUGUGAUCAGGCCAGACCCCAAGCACAUCGAAGACAUAGCGCAGAAGGCCGACAUUAAGAUUGGCAACUACAAGAAGACCCCCGCGAGGAGCGACCUUGGGAAAAGAGAUGGCAGUGCAGAACUGUCGGAGGUGGAAACGUCGCAAUUCAGGUCGAUCGUGGGGAAGAUGCUGUACAUUGGAGGUGAACGGCCUGACUGCCAACAUGCCAUCAAUGCCUUGGCGGCAUGGAUGUCAAAGCCUACGAGGACGGCGUGGAGGCAUGCAGAGCACUUGGCAAGCUACUUGGUGGCCACGGAGUUCUACGGCUUACUCAUCAAAAGCAGCAGGUGCGGGAAGUCCAUGCUGGACAUGAGAGAAAUGCAGGAUGUGGAGGUGAAGAAAGUGCACUUGCUGGAGAUCGUGACGGAUAGCGACUACGCCGGAGAUCAGAACUCCAGGAAGAGCAUCACGAGCUUCCAGGUGUUCCUCGAUGGCAACCUCAUGGAAAGCAGAGUGAGAAGUCAGAAGAGCAUCUCACUGUCAAGUGGUGAGAGCGAGUACGUGGCCAUGGUGUCAGGAUGCAGCGAAGGACUUUUCCUUCGGCAUGUGUGGUCCUUCAUCAGGGGACACACACCAGCCCUGGUGUGCAGGUCAGACAGCAGUGCCGCCAGGGGAAUGUGCAGCCGUGUUGGGAUUGGCAGGACGCGUCACCUCGAUGCAGUCAUGAUGUGGCUGCAGCAGAAGUGCCACGAGAAGGUGAUCAGGGUGACGGCCAUCCCGACGAGCAUCAACAGCGCGGACAUUGGCACCAAGGCCCUGGCACGCGCUAGAAUGCGCGGGCUCAUGUUCAUGCUGAACAUGGUUGAUGAGGACAACCGCGAGAUUGGAGAGGACGAAUUCCACGAGAUCGAACGCAAGAUGAUGGCAGACAAGGGUGCCAAGAAAAUCCUGGGCACCUUGAAAGGCGAGUACCGCAUGGCUCUGGUGGUGGCUUUUGCCAACUUGGUUUCAGCCAACGGAGCUAAGGAGGAGGAAGAGCCCGAUGGAGCGGGGAGUGAAGACUGGAGUUGGAUGUUGCUGGCCAUUUUGGCCGGCAUUGGAGCCUUGAGCCUGGUCAGGUGGCUAUGGCUCUCCUUCAUCAUGUGGAUCAAGAAGGAGAUCAAGCGGAUGCCCGAGAAGGCAACGGCCCGGGAAUUUGAGGACAGCGAGCCGGAGGUGAGCGAGGCACGAAGGCCUAAGCAGGCCAGACUCCGGCACAAGACAAUCCGGAUCACGCCAACGGGCACCGUUUUCCACACGCACGAAAAGUGCCCCCACUACAAAGGUGGGCGGGCGCUUGGACAUUGUGCCAAAUGCUGUGGGUAUGAAGGCAGCAUGUCAGACUAG